UUUUAAAAUUAUAAUAAUUAUUGACGUUUUAUUGAAAAAAAACGAGAUUUAAAAGAAAAAAGUUAAAAAUGGCUGAAUUGGAUAUCAGUGGUAAUAGCAUACAGCUGGACUGUAGUGUGGACAGUGGAAUAUGUGUGGAUGGUGUGACAAAAGAUUUAAAGAAAAAACUUCAGGAAUUUAAAAGGAUUUUAUUUAUACUCGAACGAGACAAAGAAGCAAUGAGAUUGCUCAGGGAGAGACUAAGCCGCAUAGCAGAACGCAAAAUAGUCAAAAAGAAAAAAGAUGGCCAAACUGUGUGCAAUGUUUGCUUUACGCCAAUCGAUACCGAUGAUUCAAAAACAUGCAUAGCGUGUUGUUUAUGUGCCAAAAAUGUAUGCCGGGGCGAAAAAUGCUCCGAAUGGGUCCCGAAAGAUGCAGAAUGGAGAUGUCAAUUGUGUUCAGCCAGAAGGGAUUCCUAUGGUAAAGCAUCGACAUGGGUGCAAGAACAGUAUGCAGUGAAGAGAGCCAGUUCGGUGGAGUGUUCUUAUCCGAUGCGUGCUAGGAGUGAAAUUUACAUUCCACUUUGUGAUCCCAAUGAGUCAGCAUUUUUAUGUAAUUUUGAGAGUGUUAGUGAAGCUCCUUCGCCGAUAAAUCCAAAUCAAAAACAACACAUAAGGGAGUAUAUUGAGGAGGUAUUGGCGGAUAUGAUUGGGGGUUCUUUGGAAACAACAGCAGUGGAACAGAUAUCAACAAAUGGCAACUACAUCAGACUUUUUGAUAAAUUUCAUGAAACAUUAAGUCGUCAUUUUAUUGUGCUAGAACAUUUUUUAUAUCGAUCAUUUGAAGACCAACAUGCCAGAAAUGGAAAUGAGCUUCAGGGCAUAUCAAACGUCAGGUUACGACGUCUAAUUGAAAGUAUAAUUGCUGAAACAAUACGUCAACCACCUUUUGCAUCGGCUGGUUUGAUAACAACAACAACAACAACUGCAAUUGAUUCAAAUGAAAUUGAUGGCCAUCAUGAAGCGUUACCAUUGAAUGGCAAUCAUUGUAAUGGAAAUGGUGGACAGUAUUUUGAAUCGAAGAAAUAUCAGGAUCUUCUGGCAACAGCUGUCCUCAAUAAGAUUGUCAAUACCCAUGGAAAUGGACGACACUCAGAAAGUAGCCCUGAUCUAACGACCUCAUCGGUUUUAGAUAACAAUCACAAUGCUCUCAAUCUCAACAAAACAGAUGAGAGCCUUUCAUCUAGCAGCUCAGUAGAACCGCGAAGUGAAAGCAGUCUAACGGAUCCCAUUCGUAGUAUCAAUAAUAAAGAUGAUGGCAAUUAUGAAAAUUUUUAUGAUGAUGUUGCGAAUGAUAACAUUGAAGCCGAUAGAGAAUCUGUUCUUAGUGAUUUUAUCUCAUCACAUAUGGUUCCGCUGCCACAAAUAUCAGCUGAACCAGCAUCUGACGAGGAUGAAGAUGAAGAAGAUUUCAUAUCGGUGGCUUCUAGUCGUGAUGCAGGAUGGGAGGACAAUUGGCUCUUCAAAAAGAAGAAAUCCAAUACGACUUCUUCAAGCGUCGGUAUGCUAGUGCCUGCACCAAAAGAAGACAUCCGAGCCUUGAUUGGUGAUAAACCAACCGAUGAAAUCAGUGAUCUUUCUGAAGUCGGUUCGGAUACUGAUGAUUCGUCCUUGGAAAUGGUUAGUGCUAGCUUGGAACCUCUUAACGAUAGACUCGUCAACAAACAUUUGAUUGGUGGAAAGAAUACAAAACCAGUUCUCGAUGAAAUUGCCGAUCGAACCAGUAUGAUUUCGGUGUCUUCACUUCCCGAUAAUGUACCGCCAUAUACUGAAACCAAAAAUGAAUUUGUUGUUAGCAACGACGGACUCAACGAAUCACAAUCAUUGAAGAUAUCUGUAAAUAAUUGUAACAAUGCCAUUAGCAAUGAAGCAAUCAAUUCAAAUGUUACAAAAGCACCUAUUGCCACAAAAGUUGAGAAGCUUACAAAGGAAAAGGCAAUAGAAAUUACAGAUGAUGAGUCAAUUGUCCCUCCUCCCAAUGAUUUCACAGACGAUGAAAAAAUGCGUAACUUAUUGGCCAAAUUCAAUGAAGAACAAAAUAACAAAACGGACUCGGGAGAUGAUAACUCUUCGUCCAUGUCACCACGUUCAUCGAUAAGCUGUGCUUUAUCAGAGUCGUUUGUGUUUUCAGCGGGAAUCGAUAGAGCUGAAUUGGACGCUUAUGAAGGCAUUACUGACUUCAGUGUUGAAGACGAAGAAGGCCUAGCCUCUGAAAUCGAUACAGCAAUGGCUGAGAGCUCAUCUCGUCGACCAUCUGUUAUUGAGAUUUUAGCAGCUAUUGCACUGGGACCGAUGCUAGCUGUUUCAGCUUCUGACGAUCGAAAUAUGCUAACUGAAGUUGAAUUGAGUUCUUUGAUGGAGCUGAAUGAGUUGGCUAUGGCUCAAUUAAAUGCCAAAGCUGCUGAAGAUCGAAGACUUGGGGUUAUUGUUGAAGAAUCAUUUGAUAGUCAUUGUGAUGAUCACAAUGUGGAAAUAGUUGACGUAAAUGAAGAAGCUGAUUUACUGAGCUCACCGAAAAUGGUGAUGGAUGCAAUUAAAGAACUUGUGGGUAAAGAUGUCAGAAGGUAUUCAAAAAGUGAAGAGAGCUCAGUUCAAAUUGAAGAAAUAACUGAAGCAGAAGCUGAAGAAUUUACUAAAGAUAGCACCCAAUAUAAAUUAUAUGAUAAAACUGUUGACUCUGGGCAAGGAAGUUCAGAAAAUGAAUAUGACCUAAAUGAAGAUAACAAAAAUAAUGAGAAAGUAGAUACAGAAAACAAGCAUACCACCAGCGAAACAGAACCAGUAGUCACAGGAGAAAUUCUUCCAAGUCAGUCUGAAGAUGGAACGACAAAGGUUGAAGUACACAAAAAUCCGGAACCUUCCGAAGAUACAUUUGAAAUUGUGUCUGAAGAAAUUGUAAAUAAAGAGGAAACUUUAAGUCAGUGUAAGGAAGAAACUAUUCAGCCUUGUGAAAUGAAGAAAGAAUUAGAGCCUACCGAUGAACCAAAGAAUUCAGCAGAACCCUUAGAUGAAAAUCAGAUUUCAAUCGAUGAAGACAAUUGCAAUCCAAUGACAAGCCUGUCAGAUGAUCUCGGUUUCGAAAAAAUCAUACCUGAAGACACAAGUAGUAUAUCAGAUGAAUCUCUGCACACCAUUGGAUCAUCACCAUCAGAAUGUUCUGAUCUUGAAGGUGAUACAACUACAUUUUAUAAUGAUGAAAAAGUGAAUUCAGCUCCUGCUGAAUUAACCGAUGAUCAAAAAUUACAACAAUCUAAAGAAAACGACAAGAAUACGAAUGAAUUUAUUUUACCUCCACCAACUGCAUUUUGUGAUGAAGAAUUGAAAAAAUUAAAUGAAGAUGGUGGAAAUAUUGAAUCAAGUCAAGUGACUGAAGCGCACAUAAAUUCUGAGGAAGUAAAAGCUGAAACUCAAAUGACUUCUGCAAAUAGCACCAAUGAACAAGAAAUUAAAACUAAUGAAGAAGAAACGCACACUGAAAACCAAUGCACUGAUAUAAAAAAUACAACUGAAGAUAUUCAAAGUGAUCCAGAAGUAAAAGAAGCUGAAGAAACUGUUUCAAUACCAGAAAUAGAAGAAGUUUCUACAUCAAAGGAAGUUCUUCCUCAAAGUGAAAAGUCAGAAGAACCACCUGACAAACAGUCUUUGGAUGAAAAUCAAUCCAAACCCGAAGAUCAGUCUUCUUCUGAAAUAGUUUCAACACCAGAAACAAUUGAUAACGAUCCCAUUCAAAGUUCUGAAAUCGAAUCAGAAACUCAGAAUCAAGAUAGUGAAUCAAAAGGUGUGGAAGGUAACACCAAACUCUCAACUGAAGAAACAGAAAAAACUGAAGAAUGCAAGUCUACAAAUUUAACUGAAGACCAACCUGAUUCCACAGAUCUUGUUGACACCCAAAUGAGUUCUGAAAAAUCUUGUGAAGAAAAUUCAAGUGCUGCAAUUCCAAUUGAUGAAAUAAAGCAAAACAGUGCUUCAGAUGGGAAUUCAGAGGAAGUAAGCUCUCAAGAGACUCCAAAACCUGAAACUAAUGCAGAAAUUGAAGAAAAUUCAUCAACGUUAGAAGUUUUAUCAACUGACGAACAACUUGAAGAUCAAAGUUCUUCAAAUCUUCCAGUAAAUAAAGCUUCUAAAGUCGAAUCAACUGAAGAAAUUUCAAAUAAGGAGGCUAUUGAAAAUCUUAAGGAAAACACUGCUGAAGUUCCUGAAAACGAUACUUCUUCCUUUAAAACUGAAGAAAGUUCCAAACAGCCAGAGGUUGAAGAAUCGAAUAAAUCUUCAACUAUUGAAAAUACUCAAGUUCUGCAAGAAGACACAGUCAAAACAGAACUUGAAGAAAAUUUACAAUCUGAAAACAAAAGCGGCGAAAUACAAGAAGCUAAAAUUGAAGAUACUGAAGUGACAAAGGUCAAUGAAGAAACUCCAAUUGACAAUAUUUCCGACGAUAAGGUACCCUCAACCGAUGAUAAAACUGAAGUUGUAAGCUUUUCAAUAGAUGAAAAUAUUGCAAAAUCAGAAGAUGAAAUAGUCGAAAACAGCCUUGACAUUUUGAAAAUUAAUGAACAACCAAAAUCUGAAGAUGUUUCUUCUGAAGAACCUACAAACGAUGUACCAUGCAAUUUGGAAACAUUUGUUAAACAAAAUGAAGGUUCUUCAGAAGAAUCUGCUUCAGUUGAAAAUACCGAAACGAAGUCAAACGUAGAGGAACCAUUAAAUGAAAACUUACCACAUGAAGAUCAAAGUAAACCAAUCGAAGAAGCACAGCAAAAUGAAAGUUCUUCAGAAGAAUCUGCUUUAGCUGAAAAUCCCGAACAAAAGUCAAACGUAGAAGAUCAAACUAAACCAACUGAAGAAGCAUCGACUGAAGAAUCCGAUCCAAAGACCACCGUGCCUGAAGGUGAUAUACUUAGCAAACAACCUUCUGAAGACGUUCCUAAAGAAACAGCCGCAACUGAAGAUUGUACUCAGGAUAUAGAGAUGAAUUCAACACCAAACCCGAGUGAUGCUGUUGAGACAGAAACAAUUUCUAUUGAAGAAAAAGUUCAAUCUUCUAACACUGAUAUAGUUGUUGAUGAAUUUUCAGCUUCUGUAAAUACAAAUGAAGAAUUUUCUCCAGAAACUCCUGCGGUAGCAGAAAAUUCGGAAGAAAAGACUACUCAAAAUCCUCCUACAACUCAGAUAAGCACAUCUAAUGAAGAUGUCGAAAUAAUACCAAAAACUGUAGAAGGCAAAGAUUUGAAUGAAAUUCAAGCGAAGCCUGAGGUUGACGAACCAACUUUAGUUUUAUCCGAACCUUCAGAACCAGUUCAAAGCGAAGCUGAAUCUAGUGUUGUCAACCCUAUUCCAACAGAAGAAAGUAAUGAAGACCAAGAAAAAAAGCAAUCUGUAGUUGAAGAGAUUUCCAAGGAAAGCAAAAAUGAUUGUGAAUUACCUCCAGUUGCAAUUCCUGAACCAUCUCCACAUCUUGUUGAAAGCAAGAAGAAAAUAGUUGAAUCUCCUGAAACACCAGAAACUGCUGAUGUUGCCUCCAUUGAACCAGUAUUUCCAACAAAAUCUAUUGAUAAAACAGAAGAACCCAUUGAAGGAUCAUCACAGGCAGAAGCAGCUUUAGAAAACCUAGCUACUGAGCUUCUCAGUGAAACAGCGGAACCUGUAAGCACUGGUAUACAAAAGGAUGAAGAUCCAUCUGAAGCACCAGCAGAAGAAACAGAACCAGCUAAGGGGUCCUCAGAAAUUAAUCAAGAAGAAAAACCGAUUGAAAAUGAAACAAUACAGUCCAAUGAAGAUGUUGUAACUUCCAUAUCUGAAGAAAAAACAGAACUAAAAGAAAAUGAAGAAGUUGGUGCUACGUCAUCUACCGAAGUUACUAACGAAAGCCUAGGAAAUAAUGAAAUUGAAGCUAAAAAGACAAAUGAAGCAUCAGAUAAUGAAGUCAAAUCUUCAGAUGAUGUAUCAACAAAUGAAGAACAGUCACAAGAAAAUUCACCCAUUUCUGAUAAAUCGAUUUCCGAAGCAGAGGAAAACAAAUGUGAAAACAAGCUUUCUGAAGAACAAAAAGAAGAUCCUUUAGUUGAAGCAAUAAAUGACAAUUCAAAUCCACAAGAAGCUAUUCAAACAUCUGAACCCACAAAUGAAAUAAAAACAGAAUGUUCAUCAACUGAAGGAGUAUCAACUGAAAGUAAGGAAGAGGAAAACAUUAACCAAGAUUCUAACAAAACAACUGAUGAAGAUGUAAAAGAAGAAAUAAAAAUAGAAGAAGGUUUAAGCGACAGCAUUUUGAAAGAUUCUAAGACAGACGAUAUCAAACAAUUUGAAACUGAAAAAUCUGAUCCGCCUGAAUUUGAUAAUGCAACUGAAGAUCAAACAAAAGUCGAAGAAAUUCCUAAUAUACCAAAUCAGGAAAAUACUUCAAUAGAAGCACCAACCGUUGAUCAAGUCACAGAACCAUUAAAUAAAGAAGAAUUAUUGGAAGAAAAAAUAGGAAGUAAUGUAGAUAGUUCAAGUCCUGUCGAGAGUAAGGAAGACACAAGAAAUUCCGAUGAAUCUUCUAAGAAAAUAGAAGAUACAAAUAAGAUAUCCGCUGAAGCUUCAAUAACUGAAGACCCUGUAGUAAUUGAUGAACCUAAAACUGAAUCACUGGGUGAUACCAAAUCAUCAGCUUCGGAAGAAAUAGCUGAGGCAGUAUCAAACUCAGGUACCACAGAUGAAGAAAAACUUCAGAAAGAAGAUGAUGCUUCCAAAAAUGAGACACCGGAGGUGGAGGUAGAACCAACAAAAGUUCUAGAAGCCGAUGAAACUCAUGAAGUUACCACAGAGCAGAUUGAAAAAUCAAUAGAUGAAAUAGGUGAAGAUAAAUCCAAAAAUGAAAGCGAAAUCAAAACAGAAACUAUUGACUCCAAAGAUGAGAUUACAGAAAAACCAACUGUUAAUGAAGCAGAUGUUCCAAGCUCCGACAAUGUUUCAAUUAAAAAAGUCACAGACCCAUUAAAUAUUGAAACUGAAGAUCUUACUAAAAACGAAGCUAAUCCAACAGUAUUGGAAGAACCAAUUCUUGAUAAACAAACUGAAGACAUAAAUGGAAAUACUGAAAGUGUUGUAAGUGCAGAAGCAGAUAUACAAACAGAAGUUGGCUGCCAAGUGAUAAAGGAGGUGAUUCCUGAUAUGAAGACUGAGAACCCCCAAGAACAAAAUACUGAAGCAGAAGAAGUUGAAAAAACAGAGCUUGGAAAUGUUUCCACUGAAGAAGUUGUGAUUGAACCGGUUACUGAUACUACCGAUGCAAAUUUAAAUAUUGAGCAACAAGAAAAAGAUGAUAAGGAAUCAUUAUCUACAGAGCAAGCAAAUGAUCAAAGUACAGAUGGCAAAACAAAAACUGAAGAAAUUGAAGUGACUGAAGAAGUAUCUUCAAUCGAUGCAGUAACUAAUGUUACCGACUCUGAUUCCAGCCAAAUGAACUCGGAAACCCCUCAACCAGAAGAACCGGCAGAUAAACAAGAGGAAGUUAAAUCCAAUGAAGAAGUUUCUGAAUCUUCAAAAAUUGAAGAGAUUACAACCGAAGUUCAAAUAAGUGACCAGGAACUAAAAGAAGAAAGCAUUGCAACUAUAACUCAAGAUUCAUCAGUACAACCUGAAACAAGUGAAAAAGUGACUGAGUCUGUUCUUGAAGUUCAACCUGAAGUUGCAGCUGUUGAAGUUACAGAAGAAACAAAUGAAACAGAAAAAACUACAAGCAGUGAAUCUGAAGAAGUAAAAAUUGAGAAGGAAUCUUCAACACAAGAAAAUGUAUCUGAAGAACAAAAGGGUUCAACCCCUGCAGCUGAAGACCUUGAUGUUCCAAUAUCGAAAACAGAAGAAUCUAUUCCUCCUGGUGAUAUUUCUGAGGAGCAAGAAACUCAACUUACUGACGCCGAAGAAGUUCAGGCGAAGGAAGAAGUACCUGAAAAUCAAGAACAACCUGCUGAAAAAAUAAGCGAACAAGAAUCUUCAAUUGAAACUCAAAACGCAGUUGAAGAAGUUUCAAAAGAAACUCAAGAAAUGAAGGUACCUGAAGAAGCAGCUCCAGAUUCCCAAGAUCAAGUAUUAACAGAUUUAACAGCACAAGGAUUGAAAGAAGAGUUACCAGCUGACUGUGAGAAAGUUUCUGAAGAUUCAUCAGCACCAUUGCUAAAAACUGAAGACACACCAAUCGAAGCAUUGCCACCACCAGAUGUGCAAGAAGAGGUAUCAAAUGAUGGUGAAGUAGAAAACCUUUUAGAAGCAAAUAAUACUUCUGAAAAAGAAUCAGAGAAAGUGCAAAAAUCAGAAGAAACAGAAAUUCUGAAAAAUUCUGAAGAAGCAUUAGAACCUGUUCAAAAAUCUGAAGAAACUGAAAUUACUGAGAUGACACAACAAACAGCACAAGAUGUGUCCCAAGAGAUACUUAAUGAUAAUGGAAAUAGUCCUGAAAUAGAAAAACUCCCAGAAGAAACAAAAGAAUCUGAAGAUGUGUCAGAUAUUAAAGAGGUUACGGAGUUGCCAGUACAAGUUGUUGAAGAUGAAAAAACUCCAGAAGUAGAUAAUCUUCCAGAAGCAAUUAAAAGUUCAGAAAAAGUAUCAGAAGAACAGCAGAAGUUAGAAGCAACCGAAGCUAGUGAGAUUAAAGAAUUGACAACCCAAGAUCUUAAGAAAGUUCCUGAGACAGAAAAACUUCCAGAUGAAACCAACAAUUCUGAAGGAUCAGAACCAGUGCAGAAUUCAGAAAAUAUUAAAAUUGAUGAUAUUCCCACGCAAGAAACACCAUCCGUUGAUUCUAAGGAAGAACAACUGCUAACAGUGAUACCAAAACAAGAUGAAGAAUUGACUGCAUGUGUUGAUAAUUCCACUGAAACAGUUGAAGAAGAUGUUCCAAUUGAAAAGUCAAUAGCAGCUGAUGAAAUUUCUGAAGUAUCAAAAUCUGAAGAACUCAAAUCAACUGAAGAACUACCAUCGGUGCAAAGCUCUAUAACUGAAGCAUUAACAAGCGAAGACACUUUAAAUAACGAAGAACACAAACGAAAUACUGAAAACACAAAAGAUGCACCGAUACAAAGCGAAGAAGUACAAAAUGAAGACAAAGAAGUUGCAUUAGAAUCUCAAACCUCCAUCGCUAGUGAAAUUGUCUCGAAUUUACAAACCGAUGAUGAAAAGAUUGAAUCGAUCAUAAAUGUGAGUGAGUCAACUUUGAAAACUGACGAUGAAAAAAUAGAAGAAAUGCCUGUGGUUGAAUCUAAAAAUAUUGAAGAACCAAAAGUGCCAGAAGAAAUAACCGAAGACAAUAUACCUGUUACCACCUUAAAUGAUCAAGAAUCUGUUACUGACAAUAAAGAUGUGUCUGCAGAUUUGAUCGUUGCUGAGGAAGUUAUUCAAAAAGAAGACAGCUCUGAAACAGAAACAACAAUUUCAAAUAACUUAGAAUCUCAAAAACCUGAAGAAGCUGAUGCAGAAAAGACUUCAAAGGACUCCGAUUCUCAAAAACCUGCAGAAGCCACUCAAGAUGCGGAUACAGAAGAGGCUUCUACAGAUGAAGCAAUUUCAACUGACAACGAUAAAACCGAGAAAAGAAGCGAAGAAACAGUUCCUGAAAAAGAUGUAAGUACUUCAGUACAGGAGAUAUCUGAAGAAACUAAAACUCCUGAAGAAGAAACAGAAGCAACUAAAACUGAAGAAUCCUCUACAGAGUCUGAGAUCAAACAAAAAACACCUGAAGAAGGAGAACCUGUUGAAGAAGAAGUAACAGAAAAUGUUCCAGAACCAACAGAGGUGAUACAAGAAGAAUCUGUUGAAGUAAAAACUGCAACAGGUGUACCAAUUGAGUCACAAAAUACUGAUGUCAAAGAAGAAUUUGUGUCAGAACCAACAGAAGAGAUACAAAAAGAAACUGUCGAAGUGAAAUCAGCAACAGAUGAAGCAAUUGAAUCGCCAAAUACGGAUGUAAUAUUAGAAACCGUGCCAGAGCCAACAGAGGUGAAACAAGAAGAAGCUGUUGAAGAAAAAACUGCAACAAAUGAAGAAGCUGAGUCACCAAAUACGGAUACUAAACCUGAAAUUGUGGCAGUACAAACAGAGGUCCUUCCAGAAAAAGAACCAAACGCAGAAGCAGUAGAAGAUACACCACCUGAAAUAGUUAAUGCUUCAACUUCUAAAGAAACUGCAGCUGAGGUUUUGCAACCAGAGGAAGAAUCUUCAGUUCCACAACCAGAAGAAAUAGCAAAGGCUACAGCUCAACAAAUUACUGAAGAAGCGAUUUCUUGUCUUGAAGAAUCUCAAAAAGCUGAUGAAAUAGUUCUAAUAGAAGAAACUUCUGCAAUCAAACCAAUUACAACUGAUGAACCUUUGGAACAAAGCGAAGAUGCAGUUGAAGUAAGAAGUGAAUCAACAAAAACUGAAGAUAACAGUGAAACUAUUCAAACUGUCGAAUUACAACAAGAAGUUCAAAGUAGCGAUUUAAAAGACGAUAAAGGCACAACCGAACAAACAGAAGAGACUACACCAGCUACAGCAGAUACAGAAAAAUCAGAGCCUCUAGGCACAACUAUAUCUGAAGAUGUAAAAGCAUCAGUAAAAGCAUCUUUGGGUGAAGAAACCUUAGAAAACCAAAACCUGAUUACGGAAGUUAGAAAAGACUCCGUAACGGAUGAUAUAGUUGAAUUGAAAGAACCAUCUUCAGAAGCUGCAGUAGUUAGUGAAACAAAUGAAGUAGAAUCGGUUAAAAAAGCUACGGAAGAACCCUUAAAAACUUAUAUCAUUGAGGUGAAAGAACCAUCUUCAGAAGCUGCAGAAGUUACAGAAACAAAUGAACAGGAAUCUGUAACGGAAGUCAAGGAAGAACUCGUAGAAACUGAUGCAACCGAAGUAGUAAGUGAAGCAAAUGAACAAGAACUGGUAACCGAAGUUAAGGAAGACUCCGUAAAAACUGAUGUAGUUGAAGCCGCAGCAGAUAGUGGAACCAAUGAACAAGAAGUAGUAACGGAAGUUAAGGAAGACUCCGUAAAAACUGAUGUAGUUGAAGCCGCUGCAGUUAGUGAAACAAAUGAGCAGGAACCGGUUGCGGAAGUUAAAGAAGAACCUGAAAAAACUGACACAGUUGCAGUAAAAGAAUCAUCUCCAGAAUCUGCAGCAGUUAGUGCACAAGAACUGGUAACGGAAGUUAAGGAAGAACCCGUAAAAUCUGAUAUAAUUGAAACCGCAGCAGUUUGUGAAAUAAAUGGAAGAGAACUGGUAACAGAAGCUACGGAAGAACCCGUAAAAACUGAUAAAGUUGACGUGAAAGAACCAUCUUCAGAAGCUGCAGCAGUUAGUGAAACAAAUGAACAAGAAUCGGUAACGGAAAUUAAGGAAGAUACAGUACAAACUGAUGUAGUUGAACCCGCAGCAGCUAGUGAAACAAAUGAACAAGAACUGGUAACGGAAGUUAAGGAAGAACCUGAAAAAACUGACACAGCUGAUGUGAAAGAAGAAACCGCAGCUGUUAGUGAAACAAAUGAGCAAGAACCGGUAACGGAAGUUAAGGAAGAAACCAUAAACACAGAAAUAGUUGAAGAGAAAGAGUCAUCUUUAGAAGUUGCAGCAGUUAGUGAACCAAAUGAAGCAUCUAAGCCUGUUGAACCUCUUGAGGCAUCUACUGUGGAAGUUACACCUUCUGAAAAUAUUAAUGAACCAGCGGUAUCUUCGGUUGUUGAAGACGUUAAUGAAGUAAUUGAAACGCCUAAAGCUGAAGAAUCAACAGAUAUUUCUCCCAAUGAAUCAAGCUCCAAAGAAGAUUCCCAAGUUAAUUCAAUUAAAGCUUCUGAAGUUGAAACAAUUCAAAGUGACAUUACUAAUGAACCUGAACAAUCUCUAGAACAAAUUUCAGUCCAAGAAGAUAAUCAACAAAAAGCAGACUCAGAAGUUGUUCAACCAUCAGUUGCCGAAGCAGAUGACGAUACUGAUUCGGAAGCUUCAUUUGUGUCCGCCACCGAAGAAGAGCUUGCAGAGACUAAAAACUUAAUAGAAACUGCAGCGAUAAAAGAGUUACCGGAAGUCAAAACGCAAAAGAGUGAAUUAGUAAAGGAAGUAUGGAAAUCCUUGGAAACUGAAAAAGAAGAAUUAGAUGAAUCUUCAAUACCUCAAAAACUAGAAGAUAUUUCAAUUAUUCAAGAAAAACUAACCAAUAUAAUAGAUGCACUUCAACCUGAAGAGUCAUUAACAACCACUGUUGAAUCCAAUGUUGCUGAAGAAAAACCAGCAGAUAAAGACACUAAAGAACCAAAAAUUGAGAUUUCUGAUGAAAAUAAAAAAGAUCUAACUGAAAAGAUAGAAGAAGAAUUUGCUGAUGCGAUACCAGAACCUGUUGACGAAUUGAUUACUCCAACAAGCUCCGAAGAUUCAACUGGAACAGCUAAAGAAGUCCCCAUACAACCAACGAUAUCUGAAGUCAUUACAUCUAAUUUAAAAGAAGAUGCAAAAUCAAGUGAAACAAUCGCUAAUUCUUCACCAGAUGAAAUGGUUGAACAAAAAGAAGUCCCCGUGAAAGAUGAUAAACUAAAUUUCGAGAACGAAACGGUCCUAGCAAAACCAGCCAAUGAUGAAAUUUGUUCCUCUAGUGAAGCACAACCCACUGAAGAAAUUGAAGUUGAAACUAAGCCUUCGGAAACAAUUAAGGAAAUCGAUGCAGCACAAACAUCUACAGAAGUUACUGAAAUCGUUGAAUCAAAAGAAAUUGAGCCAAUGGUGGUAACCAAAACACCUCCAAAUUCAUUAGAUUGUGCUGAUGCUGCAAUACCUGACGAUAAAACAACACCCCCAUUUGCAAUCCUCAAUGCAACAUGCAAAAUAAUAACGCACCCACCUUUAGAAAAAACUGAAUCUCUGAUUCAGUCCGCACAAUACCUCUACGAAAAAAUGUCAGACCCAAUUUUGGAAACAACUCCUGACAUAAAUGCCCCCAAUCUUGCCGAAGAACUUCGAAUGGCUGCCGAUGGAAAUGAAGAUACAAAAGAAUUACCCCCCAACUCUGAACGUGUGAUCCCUCAAAGUAAACCAUGUGAAAGUCUUUGCUUUACAACUGAUCCGCAGCCAUCACCAAUUGCAAGCGAUUCUAUUGCAACAACAGAACAAUCGAACGCACAAGAUGCCUCCUCCGCCCAAGGUAAACAUAUCAGUCAACUUGCCAAGCAGCAUAUAUUUGCCGAGCAAUCUGCGAGAAAACCAUCAAAAUCUAAAACCAGUGGUAGCAGAUUUCGGAAUUUAACACUCCAAGACAGACGCUUUUUAGCUGAAUUGGAAAAACGUCGCAAACAACGAGAGCUCAUUCAGAAUUACUUAGAUUCUUUAGAUAGCAUUGAUAUCCCAAGUUAUCUUAAUGAAGAUUUGUACCUUUUUGAAAGUAAAUGUUCCAUAGAACGAUCCCCUUAUAGUUUGUUUAUCGAACCAUCCGACUUAUGCAUUGUAGGCGCCACUAGUACAUCACCACCAAACGCCAAUUCGCAUUUUCUAAAAACUAACAUUCUCUUCUCAGAUCGGAUAAGUUCUGAAUCAAAUUGUACAGACGAUAAUAGCACAACAACGGUAAUUGAUACAUUCGGUUCGAUGGAGUCUCGAUCAUCUAGUUCGGACUCAGGUGAAGAAUUCAGCCCAGAUGAUAAUAAUUCUUCGACGACGACAACGACUGACCGCGGUGAAAGUUCUGCUACUGCUACCACUGAUAAUACCAGUAUUAUAACUACUAACAAUGCUACUAACCAAUCGCACAUUUAUUCACAACCACCACCACUACCACUGCAACCACAACCCGAGCUUAGACCAGAGUCAGCAUGUUCCAAGUUGCAUGAGACCCGGCCUUCUACUGGGGGAAACGAGGAACAUGUUGAUGAUGAUCCAUUGAAACAUUUAGUACCAGGUUCGAUAGCCGAACGUGAAUAUAAGAAAUGGUAUAACGCGGUUGACAUGCCAAAUAAUCCGUAUUCAGUGGAAGCUCUUAGACGCAGAUUGAGCACCGGCGGACUUGAUCGAGUAUUGGAUCUGCCAAAUAUCAGUCCGUGUGUUGAAGAUAAGCCACUGCAGCUUUGUGAAAAUCAAAGCCCGGAUGCAGAUAUUAAGGGUCAGGAAAGGGAUUAUGCAAGAUACAGCAGAGACUAUUACAUCAAUGAUGCCAAACAUGCCAGUGGAAUAACAAAGAAGAGUCCAACUUCACCGCCGGAAAUAUCUUCACCAACACCAACAACUGCAUCAUCAAUCGAGGUAAUUCGUAAUGGAUUUGAGAAUAGAAAUACAAAAGAUUGGACCCUAUCCACUCCAGUGCGUCGAAGUACGUCAUUAAAAUAUCCCAAACAAUUUCGAUCUAGUGUUAUCCCUAAAACCCAUAACAACACCAAUAACAACAACGAUGAUGAUGAUGGUGAUUACGAGUAUGAUAAUGAUGAUGAUACAAAAUCACAUUACUCAUCAAGAAGUCUUCGAACCAAAUCUUUUAAUCAACAACGAACAUCACCUAGUCCCAGUGUUUUAACACAUUUUGAAAAACAAUUAUUGCACAAAGAUUUGAAACGCAAUAGUUUUCGUGCCAUUUCAUCAACGACUAAGGAUUUUGUAUUAAAUCCAAUAUUCGAUCAGAAUGAAUUUUUCAAAGAUACAAAAUUAACAGUACGAAAGGAUAGUAAUAAUUUAUCAGAUGGUGAUACGGCGGAUUCCGGGGUGGAUAGUUGUUUAAAUGGGGUACCGGGAGAUGGCACUAGAACGAAUCUUUUAUUUCUCCGGGAAAGUGUAGAAAGCACGACCGUUGAAGUAACAACACCCGUCAGAGAACUGUGCCAUAAGCUGGAGAAACAAUCCAAAGUAGAUGCAGACAUCUAUUUAGCUACUCCAGUUCAUGUAAUCGAAGAUAUCCCAGAGGCAUUUGCGGAAAAGAAUGCCACCAUUCAGUCAAUUGGAACAACCAUAACUUCACUAACUACGGAAGCUGUUAGCAAACUUUCUAGCGAUUCAAGUUCUGUUUUGACAAAUGCAAGUCUAACACCCAGUGAAGAUUCCGAUACAAUUCGUAUUUAUGAUCUGAAGAAACAAGAAACGCGACUUGUCAAAGAAACAACUCACACAACAACAAUAACAGUAGCCAAAUCGCCAGAUGAGAAGAAAGUUCGUCCCACAGAAUUGGAUAUAACACCGACACUGGCUCCACCAAUAGCCACGAUAUCAUCGAAAAGUUCUACACCAACUUCGUUUAAAUUCUUACAGCCAAAAAGGAAGCUAAUUAAUCCUAGUCAAGUGUUGUCCAUUGAUCUGGAUACCACCCCUAUAACGCCAUGUACACCUGAGAAACCUGUAAUCGAAGCGGAAGUAGCCCAUGCAAUGCCAUCAGUAAAGGCUUUGGCUAAGGCCUUCCUUAUGACUUCGACAACUUCAACGUCAGAAAAUAAAUGGCGCAAGGUAAGUGUACUUAACAGGCUCCAAGGACCAGAAGCAGGAAUAUCUCAUUCUUUUGUUAAGGCCCGAGCAGGAGCAAAGUCACCCCUGCAGUUUUUCAAACUAACAACUCAAACGGCAGCAGCAGCCAGUACCAGCAAAGUAACUCAAAAACAGCUAGAACCAAUGGUACCGGAUACAACUAGUCAAGGAUCCGAGGAUGCAACAAUUGCUUCGGAUUUGUCAUCUCUCGAAACAGAUCCACCAUCAAGAAUUGACGGCGAUACAGAAGAUGAGAAUCAGGAAAGAGUAGUACUAUCAGGAUGUUUGAGGAAUAAUAUUGCUUUCUUUGAGAAUUUAAAGAAUAAGUAAAUAUUUUUUUGUUUGUGUAAGGACAUAGAAUUUUAUGUCGGAUUGGUUAAGCCUGUUUACUUAGGAUAUUUUUGUUUAGAUAUCUUCAUACAAAUUUUUUGAUAAAUGAAGAUAUAUUGAAGCUGAAAAGAAGUAAUAUAUUAUUACUAGAACAUCCUGUAGAAAACAAACUUUAUAUAUAUAUAGAUAUUUAUAAUCAAGAAAAAAAAGAAAACUGUAUUAGUGCCAUUGGAAUAUUAUUAUUAUUAUUAUUAUAAUGGAUAUUAUAUGUGCCCUUUAUGUCAAUUUUAUAUACCUUAAAAAAAUGUAUCUAACCUAUAGACAAAAAAAAAAAACAAUCUUUAAUGGAGAUCAUAAUUUAUUUUAUAUACCAAAGAUGAUCGCCAAAUAAAAGCCUUUAAAAGGCGCCAAAUAGAUCAAAAUUUUAAAUUAAUAGAUUUACAUAAAAAGUUAAGCUGAUACAAAUAAUAAAAACAUAUAUAUUUAAAUA